UUCGCUUUUCCUUAUUCAGCUUGCUAUCAACGAUGCGCGUCGUUGCGUGCUCUCGGAAAUGCGCGAUAAGCACAGAAUGAGUAUACGACAGAGCACAUCAACUGGUCUAGAAUGGCACCAUGCAGAUGGUGUGAACUUUAGCGAAUGUCGUCAUCCUGCAACCGCAACGAUGUACGGAGAAAAACCACAGGAAGCAUUUUCAAUUGGUAUACAAAAGAACCAGAACCCGUGUAUUCGGGUCAAAUGCAAACAGCUUUGCUUCAUUCACUUCGUUCCGAUUAGGUCUUACUAAGUGGUUUCACGGAUGGCAUCCCAUUCCGGAGUGCCACGCGAGAAGUGGUGGAAGAUCCAGUGGUUUUCCGACGAUGAUACUCCCGAAGAGAAGAAGUUCAUUACCAAACUUGACUUAAUCCUCAUUCCCUAUCUCUUCGUUACCUACUGGGUGAAGAACUUGGAUCAGAACAAUCUCAACAAUGCAUACGUUGGUGGGAUGAAGGAAGAGCUUGGGUUCUACGGAAACGAGCUUAUUCGUCUCCAAACGAUGUAUAUCAUUGGCGCAGUGCUCGGGCAAAUACCUUUUCUCUUUGUGUUCACGUAUUGGCCCAUGUACUGGGUCAUACCAGGGAUGGAUGUCUGCUGGGGGGUCGCGACGCUAUUGCAGUACCGAGCCAACUCGUUUGCCGAGAUGGCUGCUUAUCGAUUUCUUGUGGGAUGGUUCGAAGCUGCGUAUUUUCCAGCUGUUCACUACAUUCUUGGCUCCUGGUACCGCGGUCAUGAGAUCAGUCGUCGAGGAGGUAUAUGGUAUACUGGGCUGCCUCUUGGAACCCUUACAGCGGGCCUUGUGCAGGCCGGCGCCACACGAAGACUCGAUGGACUCCACGGUCUCUCUGGAUGGAGAUGGAUGUACAUCAUCUGCGCGAUUGUUACCAUCCCUGUCGGAAUUGUCGGAUACUUCAUCCUUCCAGGAACCUUGGACAAGCCAAACAAGUUUGUCCUGAACGAUCACGAUCGUCUCAUUGCACGUGAGCGAUUAAACAAAAAGGGCCAUAAGGUACAAGGAAGAUUGAAGUUCCGCCACAUCAAACAGAUUAUGUCUAGCAAGCACUUUUGGAUCGUGGUACUCGUAGAUGUUCUAUUCUGGAACGCAGGUAUCAACUCUGGAGCUUUCUUACUAUGGCUGAAGAGUCUAAAGAGAUACGAUUCGGCGACUGUGAACGAAUACGGCACUAUCCCUCCUGCCAUGGGCAUCUUCUUUACAUUGUUCGCCAAUUUUUCGUCCGACCUGCUCUGGGGACCAGUCUGGGCUAUCACUUUUGCCAGUGGUAUGAACACGUUGACAAAUCUCAUUCUGCUUAUAUGGAACGUACCAGAACCCGCUAAAUGGUUCGCGUACUGCAACUACGGGUGGUCAUACGCCCUAUCGAGCGUCCUGCACGGUUGGGUCAACAACAUACUGCGCGAUUCUCCCGAGAUACGCUCGUUCACUUUGGUUUUUAUCAACAUCAUCGCGCAGUCCUCUACCGCAUGGACAGGUAUCUUGGCGUAUCCGACAGUAGAGGCCCCGAGAUUCCUGAACGGUUACAGCUUCUCGUUCUCGAUGUCGACAUCGCUGAUUAUUGGCGCGCAUCUUCUCAACCUGUAUUUGAAGCAGCGAAGAGACCCAAAUGCGACCCAAUCUACGACCACGGCUGAUGUUGAAGUCAGCGAUGGCGGAUCGUCACAAGCGCGGAUUGACGAGGGCGAGCAAUCCAAGAAUUUGUAUAGCACCCAAAUCAAGUCUGUCUCUUGAUGAGAGCUGGUUUCAAAGCAGGUCGAUACGUUAUAAGGUGAGAAGA